AAACGAUGUCCUUCCUCCUUUGUUCUGCUUGGGACCCGAAAGGUUCACAACUCUUUUAUCUUCCCUCCAAAUGCCCUGUCAUUACUUCCCAUCGUAUCUGCACUCAAAGCAGCCAUUUACUCUUCCCAUCUCUUAUCUCGACGAAACGACUGAUGUUUGUUCCCUCGGCUGAACGACUAUCGUGUUCUGUAGUGCAGUGUCCCAAGGACAGUCUUUUGAUAACCAAUCACGGCUAUCAUCUUUAACAAACAGUGUUGCAAUGUCUUCAGUCGCUCACUCAUCUCUGCCACAAUUCCGCACGAAGUACCAUGCCUCCUCUAAUGGAACACAAGAUGGACAACCAGUGACAGCUCCUCUUCCUUCCCUACCACCACCAGAGCCACCAACACCUGCUCCAGGAGAAUCCAUAAAGGACAUGGAUGACAACGUCCAAAGUCACGAGAAGAUAGCGAACAGCAGCCCUAUCACCCUUUCUCCUCGCACCCCUUCUUCACGGCCUCUAUCGCCCGAUUUGCCAAACCGAGACGCUUUAUAUUUAUUCUGCAAUUUUUCCAGCUACAUGAGAAGUCCUCAUGAGGGUUGCGAUUGUAUAAGCCCCGAAGAUUUCAGGGAUACCAUAAGGCUCCUUGACCAUGCUCGUUUCCUAGCAGCACAACGGCGAUCAAAUGUUCACAUCUUGCACCUGAAAUAUCGAUUUCAAGGUCAGCAUAAGACUUUCCGCUCCCCGCAUUCUUUCGCAAAUAACCAGUUACCAUUCAAUCACCGUGACAAUGCCGGAAGAGCGCGAAACCCUGUGCCUCAGCCAUUUGCCGUCUUACAUGACCCAGUGAUGAAGAUUGAUUAUAUGGAGAAUGGCAUCUUUGAACCUUUGCCUGCACAAGCUAUAUUCAGUCACAUAGCCAAAUCGUGUCAGCCACCACCUCGCAUCAUCGUUAUAUCCUACGUUCAUUCCAAAGUCACAGAAAACCAUCUCUCGUCUCUGUCCACAUGGGCCAUCACUUCAUCUCCCCCAAUGUACAUAUUUUCUCCUAUUGAGACUCGCCUCCGGGAGCAACGUCCUCUUCAUCUUGCUCUCAACCAUGCCAUCCCCAUGUCAAUGUACGCCUGGCCGUUAGAAGCUCAGCUAAGUUAUGAAGCAGACAGGCCACAAUGUAGAUCAGUGAGAAGUUCUUCAACAGGAAUAAGGGCAAACUGGGAGCAUUACAGAAAAGCUUCAGAGGGCAGCCCAAUACUCCUAACCCGGCGGAUUAGCGAACAAAACACACCUGUCGUAAACAAGCAAUCCCAUUUAGAUUCAAGCAGCAGGAAAACCAGAUAUCCACCUGAUCCUGUCGCAUCUCUCACUAUUAUCAUGUCCUCGCUUGAGACUCUGUCAAUCAUCAAGGAUAAGGGUGAUGGAAACAAAAACUCUGCCCCCAAUAGUGCGCCGUUACCUUGGUGUGUCCCAUCUCAAAGUUUGACCUCUAAAAUCCCUUCCAUAGAUCGCAUACCUCUCUGGCAACUUGCCCCAGGUGUCGGUAUACUACACGGUAGCACUUCUGCUUCCAUUGGUAUUCACAUCAGUGAUUUCUCUGCCAUCAAUUUGGUUGGAGAAAGCGGCGAUGUGAAGCAAGGCGAGGCAGAUAAGAAGAUCAAAGAACGUGAAGUAGAGGGGCUAGGUAUCAAGACAGAAGUUAUGGGCAUGAAUGAACUGAGAGCGACAGAUGGGACUGGGGUGACAAGUGAAGCUCUUGAAGCAACGGCCUUGCUCGAACGCCCAAUCUCUAGGCCAUCAAGUACUGCCCCGGUCCCAGUAGGUGCACCCGGGGCCAAAACGGGCUCCUCAACGAACACGCACGCAACAGCGUACCCGACGACUCAUCUUACACGAUCUGAUCCAAGCACAAAAAGUAUUGCCAGGCCUUGGCGCUCGCUGAGCAGUCAGUCAUGGCCUGCACCGGUAAGCAAGGCCCCCGGUUGGCGGAAGGGCAGGAAAGAGAUGAUGGAAGAUACUUUGGAAGAAUUGGGAUUGGGUCAUACCGAGACUGAGUUGGAGCACGAGAUUUUGCAAGAAGCCGUAGAUCCAGCUCUCAAUACUGAGGGAAUAAGUUUAUCCUGCGGAACAGUUACUGAAGAAGAGAGUAACCUGUUAAAUUUGUUAAUGUGUCGAUGAUUACGAAGGUAACUAUUGUGUGAGACCAGCCAAAAACAUGCAUCAGCGAGACAAACAUCGGGGAUGCCUACAGAAACAUAAAUAGGCGGCCGAGGGGAGAAAGCGAACCCGCUUCCUCACUUGCCAGCAGCAAAGAUAUGGCGAUGCAGUAUGGCACAAAGAGAGUGUCGGAGGUGAUACAACAUAA